GGAGGGGCGGGGCCUCCAUCGUGACGUCACAAGCGGCCGUUGGGCCCCGGCCGGGCUCAACCGCCAAUCAGGGAGCAGCGCGGCUCGGCUCGGCCCGGCCCGGCCCGGCCGUCUAUCCAUCCUUAAAGGGGCAACAGCUGGGACCGGCGGAGGAGGGGAUGGACGCGGGGCCCCCCGAGUUUCUGGACGUGCUGCUGGAGCCCCCGGACGCCCCCUUCUUCAUCGUGGACGGCAGCGAGGCGGACAGGCCGCAGCUUGACCCCGGCCCGGAAGCCUGGGAGCCCGCCGCCGACCCGCGGGACAGCGACCCGGAGGACUUCGUCCGCCUGCUGAUCGACCCCAACGAGGUGUACCGCUCCCACCCGUCCCCCGCCAGCGACAGCGGCCGCUCUGGGGGGUCCCCCACGCCCCCCACCCCCCUCGCCCUCUGCCAGCUGCUCUACGAGCCCCCCCUGCCAGCCCACCGCCCCGAGGGGCUCGUCUCCAUCCACCUGGGCGAGUGGAGCCCCCCGCUGCCGUUGCUCCCCGAGGCCCGGCCGCCCCCGUGCCCGCCCCUGCUCCUGACGGAUGAGGAGAAACGGCUGCUCGGCCAGGAGGGGGUCACCCUGCCUCACCACCUGCCCCUCACCAAGGCGGAGGAGCGUUUGCUGAAGAAGGUCCGCAGAAAAAUCCGGAACAAGCAGUCGGCCCAGGACAGCCGGAGGCGCAAGAAGGAGUACAUCGACGGGCUGGAGAGCAGGGUGGUCACCUGCUCCGUCCAGAACCAGGAGCUGCGGAAGAAGCUGCAGGAGCUGGAGAAGCACAACGUCUCCCUGGUGGCUCAGCUGCAGCAGCUCCAGGCCCUGGUCACGCAGACGUCCAACAAGGCGGCGCAGACUAGCACCUGCGUCCUGAUCCUCCUGUUCUCCCUGGCUCUCCUCAUCCUCCCGAGCUACAGCCCCUUCGGCGGGGAGCCGCAGGCCGGGCCGGACGACUACAAGCCCACCGGAGUGGUGUCCAGACACAUCCUCACGCAGACGGCGGCGGCGGCGGCGGCCGGGCCUGGGUCUCCCCCGCCGGCGACCCCGCCGCCCCCCAACAGCUCCGCCGGACCCCCGCCGGCCGGCCCGGCGGCCGGGGCGGGCAGGGCCGUGCUGCACGCCGACGAGAUGUGAGCCCGGGAGAAUAAACCCGGACGUCCGGGCGAGAACUCAG